GGUGCAGAGCCCAGGACCCAGAGGCACGCCUCAGCUGAACCAUGGGCUGCACAGUUGGAGUCUGUAAAACAGAGCUGAAGCCAAGGAUCUAAAUGUGGUCCCAGUUCCUGGAGGAUUUGUUGGUCCUGUGCCUACAGCAUUGGGAUGCACGGAGAAUCAGUGGGCUCACACACAGUCAAAUGAAGAGCUUUCUGUGGACCACAGGCCUUUAACCUCAGUUCUCCAGAGGUGCCAUACGUGGGAGCCGCAGCUCAGGGCUGUUGGACAGGCAAACUGCAAAAACAAACAAAAAACCUCUUUGGCACUAGGUGCUUUCACCUCCACCUCAACGGAGAUAGCCUCAGUUCCUGCGUUCAAAAGUUCAGUGGGAGUUGGGUGCGUCCUCCUCACAAGAGAGUGGGAAGGGCAAGGUGGGAGUGGCAUGAACAGGGGGUGGACAUAUGUGAAAUCUGAUCCGGUGCCAAGGAAAGGGUGUGUGUGUUGCCAGAGACCCCAGGGCAAAUCUCAGCCUCCACCAGGCAUGUGUGGCUCCUGAGCUGGCAGACUGCGCACAAAACAAUCCGCUCAUCUCAUGGAGAACUCUAUGGCAUCUUUCGUCCUCUACCCGGGGACUGAGCCCGGGACUCCGGGAGAGGACAGUCUGCCGCUGCCAGCCGAGGAGGAGGAGGAAGAGGGCGCUGCGUCCCCAGCGCAGACACCCUGCAGUCUCAGCGCCUCCCUGUGCUUUAGCUCCGGGGACGACUCCCCACCGCAGUCCCGCGCGUCCGCCGCGGAGGGUGCCGAGGCCUCUCCGCCUUCUCGCCGCAGCGACCAGCGUGUGGUGGAGACGCAGUGGGAAGUCAGCAGCGCCGCGUCCCCAGAGUCCCCGGGGGAGUGCGCGCGCCCGGAAGAGCCCGCGUCGCCGGAGGAUCCCCCUUCCCGCCACGAGCACGCGCCCGCUGUGGAAUCUCUAGACGAACUCGGGGAGCCCGUGCCGGUGCCGCCGGGGGUCGGGCCCGUGCACGGAGAGCCCGACCUGGUCAUCGAGGUGGCCGGCCGCCGGCUGCGGGCGCACAAGGCGGUGCUGGCGGCGCGCAGCGACUACUUCCGCGCGCGCGCGUCGCGGGACGUGCUGCGGGUGCAAGGCGUGAGCUUCACUGCCCUGCGGCUGCUGCUCGCCGACGCGUACAGCGGGCGCAUGGCGGGCGUGCGGCCCGACAACGUGGCCGAGGUCGUGGCCGGCGCGCGCCGCCUCCAGCUGCCCGGCGCUGCGCAGCGCGCCACCGACGCCAUGGCGCCGCAGCUGAGCCUGGACAACUGCUACGAGGUGCUGAGCGCCGGCAAGCGGCAGCGGCUGAGCGAGCUGCGCGACGCCGCCUACCGCUUCAUGAGCGACCACUACCUGGAGGUGCUGCGCGAGCCCGCCGUCUUCGGCCGCCUGUCCGGUGCCGAGCGCGACCUGCUGCUCCGGCGCCGCUUGUGCACCGGCCGCGCCUGCCUCCUGGCCGCUGCGCUCGGGCCGACCGGGGAGCGCGCAGGCAGUCGUCCGCAGAGCCCGUCCGGGGACUCAGAGUCGCGCGGGGACGCGGCCGUUUACUGCUACCAGGCGGAGGCCGGGGAGUGGCGCGAGCUGACCCGGCUGCCCGAGGGCGCGCCGGCGCGCGGCUGCGGCCUCUGCGUGCUCUUCAACUACCUCUUUGUGGCGGGUGGGGUGGCUCCCGCGGGUCCCGAUGGCCGCGCGCGCCCGUCCGACCAGGUGUUCUGCUACAAUCCGGUCACCGACUGCUGGAGUACCGUGCGGCCGCUGCGCCAGGCGCGCUCGCAGGUGCAGCUGCUGGCCCUGGACGGCCACCUGUACGCCGUGGGCGGUGAGUGCCUGCUCAGCGUGGAGCGCUAUGACCCGCGAGCCGACCGCUGGACCGCGGUGGCUCCGCUGCCUCGGGGCGCCUUCGCAGUGGCCCACGAGGCUGCCACCUGCAACGGCGAGAUCUACGUGUCUGGGGGCUCGCUCUUCUACCGCCUGCUCAAGUACGACCCCCGGCGGGAUGAGUGGCAGGAGUGCCCGUGCAGCAGCAGCCGAGAGCGCUCUGCCGACAUGGUGGCCCUCGACGGCUUCCUCUACCGCUUUGACUUGUGCGGGAGCCGCGGUGACGCUCAGGCUGCCGUCGGGCCGGGCGGCGGUGGGGUCAGCGUCUUCCGCUACCAUUGCCUGGCCAAGCAGUGGAGCCAGUGCGCGGCGCACCUGCGGCCCCCGGGCGCGCCCGCGGGCUUGCAGCCCUUCCGCUGCGUCGCUCUGGACGGCAUCAUCUACUGUGUGAGCCGCGCGGGGACCUGGCGUUUCGUGCCUUCUCAGGACACAGAGGCUGGCGGCGAUGUGGGCCCUGGUGGCAGCUUCGAGCCUGAACCCCUGGGAUCCCCCCUGGAUGCCCGGGGCGUACUCUUCCCGUUUGUGCUCAACCUGCCUGAGAAGCCUGACCGCGCGGAGCAGGGUGCAGCCUAGGACAGGAUCAGCUGGGCAGCUCCACUGUCCAGCAGCUGUGGUGGGGGGCUCAAAAGAGUGGGCUAGGGGCCCCCGGAGGGGGGAGGGCGAGGAGGGCUCAGGAAGGAGGGAAGCGGAUGAUAGGUCAGGCUGCCGGCCUCACUGCAUCAUGCAAACGCUUUGAGAAUAGAAGCUUCGCUGGCUCCGAGGACAUGUUUGCAAUGCUGUUUUAAGCCCCGCUUUGCAGUGCUGGACUCCUCUGUUGCUUCAUUUGUUUAGUGGGGUCCACGGAAUAAAGUGUGGGAAGAUACAGAUAACCCGAUGCCUAGGUGAGGAGGUCAGAUGCAGGAGUGGACAGGGUGGAACGAGGAGCCUGCCCAGUCCCCUCCUUACCAGAAAGUGCAAAGUUCUCGAACCUGAAUUGGGUCCUAAAGUAGGCCAGGUAUCAUCGCAGCUGCAGAGGGGAGGCCAAACCCUGCGCUGAGGUGGAAACUGAUAACUAAUAAGAUCUAUGUGACCUAAAAAGUUCACUGUGUGCUCAAGUUUUGCUAAGCUCAACUUCAAAAAGCAAUUUAUCAAGUACUGAAGGUGAGUCUUUGUUGACUGGCACGGUUGCCUUUUGAUGAAAUGAUAGCAGGCUGCAUGCUAAACAGGAAAGGUGUUCUGUUUUGAAAACAAAACAGCAAGGGUGUUUUGUUUUGAAAACCCUAGGUCAGCAGGCCCCACAUGCUCACCCACUUUCCUGUUUUAGAAUGAACUGGGGCAGUUCCUCCUCCCCAAGCAAGGAAGUUAAAAUCAUGUUUUGACAUUUGCACGCUUUGAAAUCUACUUGGUUAUGUUUUGAACGUAUCUUCUGUGGUUGAGAUGAGGGAAAUUAACUUAAAAUUGCUUUCAAGUGUGUUUGGGGGGAUGUGAAGUGCUAAGGAGUAAGACAAGGAGAAACAUGUUUUGAAUGUAGUUUUAGCAAGUAAGUGACGUUUAUCCAGCUUCCAAAAUACCCUAAUAGAGUUGGAAGGAGACUCAUAGUUAACAAGGCUGCAAGGGCCAAGCCCAAGUCAGUUCAUUUUCUCUCCACUGUGAGGAUGUUUUGCAUCUUGAGAAUAGACAGACAAGGCUUCCUAUUUACAAAGAAGUUAAGGAUAAAAUGGGUGCUUCCAAGUAGCUGAUUCACAUUCCAUUAUCUAUCACAACGGGGUCCCUACGCACUGAGAGUUUCUGGAACAUAGUUAGAGGAAGCCCUGUGUGGUCUCUGUUGCAGUCAGUGGUUAGCUAGGAAACAGGUUAUGCUAUAUAGACUCUGAGAAGUCUCUGUGAAGCGUGUUUAGAUACAGCCAACUUGAAUCUUGCAUGACCCAGGGGAACAGAGUUUAUAGUUUCUGUUUGUAUGUUCUGGUAGCUUGUGCCCACUGGUGAUUACUCAUAAAACAAGAGAACGUCUUGGCAACCUAGUUAAUCAUCUUAAGAAAGAAAAACAGACUUCCUAUUGCCUGGUUUUAUUGGUCUUUUUUAGCCGUGUCCUGGAGAAAGGGUUGCAGAUGAGCAAAGGGAAAUAUUUAAAGAUACCUUAAUAUAGUAGCACAUUUUCUGUAGAGCUUGGUUUCCACUGCAAGCACUUUUACAUGAAAUCAGUCCUGAUUUUUAUUCCUUAAGUAUCAGACUUAUAAAAUACUAUCAUGUGACUUUUGCCUAAAAAGUCAUUCCUCUGACAUUUGCUUUUGAAGUUGGGCCUCUGGAGUGACAUCCCCAGAGAGGACAGAUGUACACUAGACAGAGGAGUCUUCCUGUGGGUAUUUUGUCCUAUAGAACACAAAACCCAAGGAAGUAAAAAUGGUAAAUGUAUCAAUUUUUGGAUCAUGGAAGGACAUUUGCUCAUUGAUCAUAAAUAGCUGUGUGGCUAACCUGUUUUUUUGAGAGCAUAUAAGAUAUUUUAUGGCCUGUUUCUAAAUAGUGACCCCAUAUGAAAACAAACGCUACAGGCCCUGGCACACCUCAGCAACCAUACUUUUUGUUCUUGGGAUCUGGAAGGUUUCACUACCCAUCUGUCUUAGAUUCAUUUCUUGUUGACAUAAGCAGCUUAAGGAAGAGAGGGCUUAUUCUGGCCCCGAGUUCAGGUUGCAGUCUACCAUUCUAUGGAAGUCGCAGGGCAGGACCUGGAGGGAGAAGGGAGGUUGUCCCUACAGCCAAGAGCCAGCUUUUAAUGCCUACUGCUACUCAGCCCCCUUUCUCCAUGUACACACUCCCAGGACCGGUCAGGAAAUGCUGUGACCGGCAGUGAGCAGCUCUUUCCCUUUCAAUUAAUGCAUUCACAGUAACUCCCAACAGCCACGCUUAGGAGUCCCGCCUUCCAGGUGACUCUGGAUCCUGCCAGUUAACACUUAACUGUUGCCCCCGGCACAGAUGGAAGUGAGGUUUGGUAGCGAGGGGAGCAGGCAUCGCUGAGCUGUGUCUGCAGUGUGUGAGAUGGGGUAGGUCCUUUCAUGUUCUCCGUGCUGGUCACACUGCACCUAACUCCACCUACGAGGGUUGGUGUGAGCACAGACAUGACUGUUGGGUAAGAGUCAAAUACGGCUAACUUGUUUAUGACACCCAUUCACAAUUCUCAGGACACGAACCCUCGCACGCACGCACACACACAUCCCAAGUGUUUGAAAGAACAGUGCCAUCUUAAGGGGAAAAUGAUUGACACACACGAAAAGACUGACCUUUUGUUUGCUUGAUGGGUAAUUAUGUUUAUAUUGCCAGGGUUCGUUUGGAAUCCUAGGCAACGAGCUAAUGUUUCUCGAUUUUCUUUCUGUUCUGUUUCGGGCUUUGUCACGGGACAGGCCCCACCUCUGGCGAGACACUUGGCCGCUCUGUGGACUUGGAAUGUGAUGAUUCGGUUUCUAAGGAAAUGAUGGCAGCAGUUUCUCUUACUCUAAGAACAUGAAUGUUGUGGAAAGCUUGUUGGCUGCUUUAGUGUCGUUUCUUACCUGGAUCGGUUUUAUUACAUAAGGCGGAGAGUGAACAGGGUCGCUCUAGUAAUCCCGCCGCUGACAGCUGCCUGUUAGCAAACUUUGUCCAGUGUUGAAGCCGAAUGCCUUCGAGGGUCAGCUGCUUUCCGCUGGAGCUGGGGUAGAGUCAGGACAGGAUCGUGUGGAAGGCCUCAGUGGCGGGCUCCUUAGCACAGCCUUUCAACUUACAGCAAGCUUUCAUUUUGAUGCUCUUUUUUUUUUUUUUUAAGUGUCCCCAUAUCUCCUGUGAUAUCAUUCACAAGAAGGGAAUGACUCGAGCUAAAAGUGGAACCGUUUAUGCCAACAUGCCAAGCGCUCUAGCUGCAACUGCAUUUAUCUGAGCAGUCGCAUUAUUUAUGCCGUGCCCACAUCCAUGAAGAGGGCAGCACUGUGAGAUGCUGAAGGACCUGGCAGGAAACGGGUCCUGGCAGCAGCUUCCGCCGGCUUUGUGGACAGGUUUGGGUUGAAGUGAAAGUCUAGGUGUAUUCUAAUGCGAGAUUGCAGCCCUGCCCCACCCCUUGCCCCAUGCUUGGUAAAGCUUUGACUAGUAACUACUAACCUAGUACUCACAUGCCACCAUUUGCUAAAGAUUCACAGCUGUUUAGGGUAAAGUCGGACCAGCUGUUACUGAAUGUGUAGCUAAAGUGCUAACGCUUGAGUCUUAUCCUAGGCAUAAAUACUGUAAAACCUUGUGUGUUUGUCGCCUAUGCCAAGACGAAAUAAACCAUGCGGAAACUUCCAGUGCUCCUGAA